UUCAGACUAAAUGUUCCUCAAACAGUUUGCUGUUGCUCAACUCUGAAGCUUGAAAAGAUCGACGGCUUCACAGCAGAAACAUUCAGCAACGAGAAAAGAAAAGAUGCAGCAACUCGCUUUCAUCGUCUGUCUGCUUUCUGUGGCGUCGGCCCAGAUCGACCCGAGAGGCGCCCGUCCAGUAGAGCACGGCACCAGAUCUGAAAAAUGUGCCACCGAGAAGGAAUGGCCUUUCUGCACCGACGACGAAUGGGGGCCCAAAUGCCCGUCGGGCUGCAGGAUCCAGGGUCUGAUGGACAAAUUCGACCACGGCACAGUGAAGAAGAUCGAACAGAUCCGCAGCCUGCUGGAGAAGAACAAGGCCAGCCACCGCUCCACCGACGUCACUUCCAGACAGACCUACGACUACCUGAAGGAGAAACUCACCCUCGAAUUCGGCAACAACAACAACUACUACGACCUGGCCCAGAAUCUGCGUCAGAGGAUCACGGACAUGAAGAUAAAGAUCGACCGACAGAUAAGGAUCCUGGCCGCCCUGAAGGAUCGAGUCAAGGACCAGGUCACUGAGAUGCAGAGGCUGGAGGUGGACAUCGACAUUAAGCUGCGCUCCUGCAAAGGAUCUUGUGCCAGCUACUCCGAACACCAGGUGGACCAGGACAGCUACGUGACCCUGGACAAACAGAUCAACCAGCUGGACUCCCAGUUCCCCCAGAACAUCGAGUCGGUGGGGACGCUGUAUGUAAUGAAGAGCAAGCCGCUGCAGGACGUCAUCGUGGACAGUGUCUACAAAUCCAAGGACAUCGGCAUCGGGACGGCUGCUCAGAAGAAAGACGAUCUUUUCCAGGAGGUGAACACCGUCCAUUUGAUCCUAGAGGAAGAAGGCUCCAGCUCGUCCCCGGCAACCAUCUCAAAGGACCCAGGUACUUCCUUCUCUUCGUCCACAUCCUCCUCCUCGUCCUCCUCCUCCGCUUCUUCCUCCACGUCCUCGAAAUCCAUCACCGAGAUUGGCGGACGAGGCGACGGGGGUGUGUUCGAUCUGGGCGGCGGCUUCAGCCAGCCCAGCACGAGCCACGUCUCCACCCAGAGCGUCUCCUGCACGAAGAGCAUCAGGAAGACGGUGGUUCACACCAAGGACGGCCCGGUGGAGAAGACGGAGGAGGUGAUCGAGGGAGGACCUGAGUGCCAGGCGUUGUCGGACUCCACCAAGGGAGGGAUGAGCUCCCUGUUCCCCAGCCUCACCCACACAUCCUCCUCCUCCUCCUCACAUUCGGUCCACACUGGCGGUGCUAAAGGAAGCCUCUUAGGAGAUACCAAAACGGGCUUCGUGAAUCCAUUCGGCUCGGACCUCGGUGGGUUCACGAUGGGCGCCGUGGACGACGACGUUCCCGACUUUCACGCCCGCAGCGUGAACAGCAUGCGCGUCGAGCGACAGGCGGAUUAUGUAGGAAAAGAUUGUGUGGACGCCCACCGGAACCACCUGAACGGGGAAACGAACGGCCUGUUUAAGAUCAAACCCGGCGGCGGUGACUCCGCGGUGACCGUGGAGGUUUACUGCCAGCAGGAGGGCUUUAUGGGUGGGUGGUUGUUAGUCCAGCAGAGGGAAGGCGGCGCGCUCGACUUCAACCGCACCUGGGCCGAGUACCGCGACGGCUUCGGCUCGGUCGAUGCCAAGGGGAAGGGGGAGCUCUGGCUGGGGAACCAGAACCUCCACCUGCUGACCGCUGGGGGUGAGACCAUGCUGAAGGUGGAGCUGGAGGACCGGGAGGGGGGUGUGGCCAGCGCCGAGUACACCGUCCGGAUCGGUCCUGAGGACCAGGGGUUCCCGCUGCAUGUGUCCGGGUACACCGGGGACGCCGGCGACGCCCUGGUGCCAGCGCACAACGGGAUGAAGUUCAGUGCCUUCGACCGGGACGCGUCGGAGGGCAGCUGUGCAGAGCGGUUCGGGGGUGGCUGGUGGUACAACAGCUGCCAGACGGCCAACCUAAACGGGAUCUACUCCAAAGGCCCGAAUGACCCGAGCGGAGUCGUGUGGGCGACGUACAAACCGGCCGGCCUCAAAAGUGUCCGCAUGUUUAUCCGAUCGGCUGCUUUUUAAGCACUUUUAUCCAGAACUGAGACGAACAUCUGGAUCCUGUUGGGCUGCUUCUUUUUUGGGGGGGAUUUCAAUCAUGGUGUCAAAAGGUGUCGGUUGUUUUCCCUGAUUCUCAUGUUUCCUUAGCGCUCCAGUGUUCCUGAACUCUGAUCAAUCAAUAAAGACUCCAUGUUCACCUCA